UGUUUAUGUAUGUGGGGUGAGAUCUUGUGAACAUUAGUUGCAUAAAGAUGCUUAGAAACAUAGGCUCUGACCCAGCCUGCAGCCUGUUGUGCACAAAAUAACAGAAUCAGAGGAUGUCUUCUACAGGGAGCUCAGGCCUGUCCUCACCUGGAAGCAAUUCUGUGCCCUGAUCUUCUGAUGCUUCAGCUGAAAUGGCUGUGCUCUUGCCAUCAGCUCUUCCACUCCUGUGACACUGCACCCAUGCAUUCCACUCCAAAGGGAGGAACCAGCUGAUGGAACAAGGCUGUGUUCCCAUUUAGUCUGUUCCACAUAUGUCUGCAGCUUUUGCAGCCACAACCAAGAGAGACUUCAUAAUCUGUCACAUACAAGGACUUUGGCACUGCCUAGUGAUCCUUCUGCCCCACAGUGCCAGGUCAUAUGGAAUCCCUUUGCUCAAAGCCACAGCCUCCCUUCAAAUGGAAUUCAAUCAAAACAGUGUUGGCAAGUUCUCUGUUGUGCUCUGGAUUUCUGGGCUCAGGAUGCACAUGGGCACUGCACAGGGCAUGGGCAGGGCCCAGACUGAGUCAUAGAUAUGCUUUCUGGUUUUUGGCUUUUUUCCUGGUGAUUCUUGGUUCUCUUUUGCAGGCUGUGCUCAAUGGGUUUAGCCCUUUCCUAAGAAAUGCCAAAUAUACCUGCCCAGGUAUGUAUUUUCAAACGCACACACACUGUCUCUGCACAAACAAGAGAUGGAAGGCCAUGUAGGACCUGUGAAACUGCCUGAGGCUGUGCAAAGGGAGAUUGUGUGAGCUGCACUGAUGUUCCCCUUCAUUUGUUUUCCUUUGCCUCAAUGAGUUUGUGUUGCAAUGAGCAUCUUGUGAAAUAUCCCGGCAGGGAAAUGAUGAAAAUUCCUCAAUCUCCAUGUGCUCUGGGGUACACCCAGGAUAUGGGGUUUUCAGCACAUCACAUCAGAGCCUGUGACAGGCCCUCACCAGUGUGGGAGGUGGCCUGUGCAGGAGGAAGGCUGUUUGUGGCCACACUGGUAACGGAGACCCUUGGAGAAGAGUGAUUCUCUUGUAGAGAUGAUGGAUCACCAAAGCAGAGUCAGUCCUGGAACUGCAGGUAACCAACCCCCAAACCUUCCUUCCUUUCUGUCCUCCUGCCAAAGGAGAUGGGGGAAAGACAGGGCUGGGAUGGAUCUUGGCCAUGGUGUGGUCGCCGGCCUCCUGCCAGAGGAUGGGGCUUAGGACAAGAGGAAAGCAACAGAUGAGGGAAGUGGGCAGUGCCCAGGCUGGCAGAAUGAGCUUCUUCCUAGAGCCAAGGGGAAUGGAAGUGCAGGCAGACUGUGCCCUGCUCUUCCCUUCAGUGGUUUGUCACUACACAGUGGGGCUGAGGGGUGCCAUCCUUCUGUGAUUCCACCGGUAAAGCUCUCCGCGUCACGCCGAGCACAAGUCCCUGCUCCCAUCUCUGGUGUCUUGAAGGACAGCCCAGCCAGAGCUCUCCCAAGAGCUCCCAAGUGCCUUUUCCCCCUGUGGAAGCAAUCCCUUCUGAGUGUCUGGCUGUGCACACCCUGAGCUGGGCAGUCACUCCUUUGGGGGACCGUGCCAUUGCAGAAAGGGGCUCACGGGAUGCAGGCAACAUACAGCUAGUGAGAGAAAGAAGCUCUAAAGAGAGAGGAAGAGGAGGGAGGUCUAGAAAGAGCAUUCAGGACAGACAGGGGUACUGGAAGGUGUUAUAAAUGAAAUACAGCCAAAUUUAUUAAUAAUAAAUUUAUUAUAAACUUUUGAAAAAUUUGUCAAAAAGGAACAACCACAAUCACAGUUAAGGUUAAAGCUUCGCGCCCGGGAUCAACAGUGGGUGAACUUUGAAUCAGUCUUUACUGUCCUGACUCCCCUAAGUUCAUCAUCAGUCUUCUGUAGGAGUGGGUUUUUAUACUGUUUCUAUAGCCUGAGGCUGCACAGUUUUUCCUCUCCGAGUCUGUUGCAUAUUCAUAUUUAUUGUAAGUCUGUUAACUAGAUUUCUGAGAAGGGAGGAAAGGGUUGAGUGGCUUUACAGGAACUGAGUUUUUCAGAUGCAUGGUCAGGGAGAAUCAGAUCAGUCUGACAUCAGGUGCAAAUGAUUGUGUCAUUAGUAUGCUGAUUUUGCCUGGGUGGGCCUUGAUUUCCCUGGUGCAACCCUGUGUUUUUUAGCGGAUUGUCUUUUCCUCUGGCUCCGAGCUGUCGCUGCUGCAACCCUUGCUUACUCAGUAUAUGUAACCAAUUUUUAUUUACGUAUAUACACAUAGAAAAAAUUACACAUUUAUAUAUCACAGAAGGCAACAAUGAAGAUGUGUUGAGGAGAAAGGAGGUCUGACAGGACAAAGAGGGAGUGAGGAUUGGGAAGAAUACAGACGUGUCUUGUAAGAAACAGGGAAAUAAGAAAACAGCCUCAGGGCAGCUCCUGUGUUACUGUACUCUGUGGCUCUGAGCCACUGCUAGUGACAGGCAGCAGGACCUGCUUCCAACACCUGUGGGGCUCCCCAGUCCUUGGAACAAGGGACCAGUAGGCUAUUGGGGUAUGGAGCCACCUGGGUCAUGCUGCCCCCAGCUCUGGGUUCGGACAUGCUCACUCUUGCUUUGUGUUUUUCAGCCCCAGCAGAAGACAGAAGCUGCUCCUGGCUGAACAUCUGGGUCUUCCUUACCUUUGCCCUUGCAAUCAAAGCUGCCUUUGUGACCAUCUGCUUUGUGGUUCCCUUCUGCCACAGCACUGACCAGCCCACAGCCCUGCAGCAGCAGUUCUCGGAGUGGAAGUGCGACUCGGCAGUGCCACAAGGCACAGCACGAGGUUGGACGUGCUGCCCAAAUGGCUGGAAAAGGUUCCAAAGAAGCUGCUAUUUCCUGUCCCUUGACACAAUGAGCUGGACUGAGAGUGAGCAGAACUGCACUGGGAUGGGCUCCCAGCUGGUGGUAAUCAACAGCAAGGAAGAGCAGGUUUUUCUCUCUGAGCAGAUAAGACAAUCUAAAGAACCGAAACCAGACAAUUUCUACAUUGGUCUGUUUGCAGAGAACGUGGGCAAGUGGCAGUGGGUGGACAAGACUCCAUACAAUGUGACAGCAGCGUUCUGGCGAAAAGGUGAACCAAGUGAUACCCUUGAUGAGAAGUGCGUUAUAAUCCAUAGGGAUACAGAACUACCCAACAACUGGAAUGACGUCAGAUGUUUGAAGUAUCAUCGAAUUUGUGAAGCUGCAGCAGUAACUCUGUGAUGGAAGUACCCCUGUCCUUAGUAAAGCUGGGAGCUGAGCAGUGAGCUGGGAACAGCGCUGGCUGUGCAGGGAGGGGUGGGGAGCCCUGAUACAUCUUCACUGUGUGGGGUGGGACCAUGGGUGUGAAAGUGAAAUGAGCUUUGUCCAGCAUCCCCCAUGCAUGGGGUGGCUCAGGAAACACAGGAAGGCUCAGGCUCACUGAAGCUGGUGCUGUGUUCUUGUGUCCUCUCUGAGUGGGUCCAGAAGCCUCUGGCUGAAAAGAGAUGGACUUCUCCAGGAGGAAGACACAGGAAUGGAAGGCAGAUAUCCUGGAACAUAUCCUGGAAGGACAGAGAUUCUAUGUCCUUCAUCAACUUGAGCAGAGCUGUUUGCUUUUUGUUGAGUCACACACAAAAUGUCCUCUAGCUGUACUGGUUUUGCUGAGCAAAUUCAGAAAAUCUUAGACAAGAGAAAAUACAAUAUCACACCAGUGAAAAAAGGCCCUGUGCUCUGUGUCCAUAUCUCUUUUCUUUUCCAUCUCUAAACUGUGGGGGUGUAAUCCAUGAAUAAUUGAAUGGUUUUGGGUUGGAAGGGACUUUAAAGGAUAGUCUAGUUUCAAGCCCCCCAGGUCAUAGCCAGGGACUCCUUCCACUAGACCAGAUUGCUCAUAUCCCCAUUUAGCCAGGCCUUGAACAUUUCAGGGAUGGGACACGGCUCCUAUGGACAACAGGUGCCUCACCUACCUCAUAGUAAUGCAUGCAUUCCUAAUAUUUAAUCAAAACCUGCCGUCUGUCAGUUUAAAGCCACUAUCCUUUGUCUUAUCUCUGCAGUCUUGUGCAAGAAGUCCCUCUCA